GCAUUUUACUAAACCAUGGACAAAAACAUUUCGGUUGUGUCUAUUAAAUAUUUCACUCAGAAUGAAAGGGUGGAAGCAGAGAUUGAAAUGUGGAAAUAUAAUGGCACAUCCAAUGGCAUGCCUAGCAAUACAUUUGUUGAGAACCCAAAAGUCCGUCAGAGUCGAUGGCAGUCCAUCCGUGUCAUGUACCUCACGAUGUUCCUCAGUAGUGUGUCCUUCUCCAUCUGUAUGUCCUCAAUAUGGCCGUUUCUGAAACUGCUGGACACAGAUGCAACAACAGAUCUGUUGGGCUGGGUGGUGGCUUCCUACAGUAUUGGUCAGCUCAUUGCUUCUCCUUUCUUUGGCAAGAUGGCUAACUGUUUGGGUAGAAGUCGAGAGCCUCUGGUUGUGUCUCUCAUCAUUAACAUUCUUGCUAACAUUCUGUAUGCCUAUCUGGAAGACAUAAAGGAACACAGACUAGUGGCUCUGAUUGCUGCCAGAGCAUUAAUUGGAUUUGGUGCAGGAAAUGUGGCGGUGGUCAGAUCUUACCUAUCUGGAGCCACCACAAUCAAAGAGAGAACAGCAGCCAUGGCGAAUCUCAGUGCUUUCCAAGCAAUCGGCUUUAUUGUAGGACCAGCAAUCCAGACAGCUAUGGUCCCCAUUGGAUACCCCGGACCAGUCCAUAAGUCUGGGAUACGGAUAAAUCUGUACACAGCUCCAGCAUUCCUUAGUGCCUUAGUUGGUCUCCUUAAUCUCAUCCUAUUGUUUGUGGUAUUCAGGGAACACCGGGUUGUAGAUGAAGAAUAUAACUUCAGCAUUCAAGACACAGGCAGAGAAAUUCCUGAAUAUACUCCAGAUAUCUUUGCUGUUGUGGCCUCUAACAUCAUCUUUUUUGUGGUGCUGUUUAUCUUUGCUGUCUUUGAGACAAUAGGAACACCAUUGACCAUGAAUAUGUAUGCUUGGACUCGAGCACACGCCACACUGUACAAUGGAAUAAUAUUAGCAGUAGGGGGAGUGGUAGCUAUUUUAGUGUUCAUUGUCAUCAAAUUUCUCUCUAAAAAAAUUAAUGAGCGAUUUUUGUUGAUUGGAGGACUUGUUUGUUGUCUUUUGGGCUUCGUGGUGUAUCUUCCAUGGGGACACAACUACCCUCCCUCCCAAAUGGCCAAAAUUUACCCAAACAGCACACCAUCAAUAAACGAGUCAUGGUUUACUGUUUUACCAUCUGCCCAGACUAUAUCCCCAUACCACAACCAGUCCAUCAAAGCACCAGCAGUGGUCGGUAACAGCUCAGGGGGGAAUCCUGAGGCCACUGGGUGUCCAGAUGCCUACCAGUGGUGCGCCUAUACCCCCAUUGUAACAUUGGCCCAAUUUCUUUGUGGCACUGCGCUCAUUUGCAUAGGAUAUCCAACAGGAAAUGUCAUGUCAUAUGCCUUGUAUUCCAAAAUACUGGGACCAAAGCCUCAGGGUACAAUGAUGGGUUUCCUCACAGCCUCAGGAAGCCUUGCUCGAACCGUGGGACCAAUAUUUGUCAGCUUAAUUUAUAAUUCAUUUGGUCCAAGGGUGACAUUUUUGUCCAUGUGUGGUAUGAUCAUUCUAACUUUGGGCUGGAUCUUAUUUGUGUAUAAGCGCCUGGUGCCUUUCAGAUUUGAGAAAGGAAUGGAACCCCCUUCAGAUAUAUAAUACAGACGACAGUUUUAUGCAGUGGCAUGUAAAUGCUCAGGAUAUUAAACAUAUCAAUUUCCUUCAUUUUUCAUUAUAUUCUACUUUUAAAAUAUUUAUUGUAUACAGUAUACUGAGUUGCAACAACUCAUAUUUCUUGACAUGCCUUAAUUAAGAGGGUUAUAUAAUGAACACUGAUGCAGUACUGUGAUAAUAUGCAUCAAUGAUGUAUUCAUGGAUAUCUUUUAGUGCCAGCAUUUUUUUUAAAGGAGAGCCUGUU